UUGGGAGUCGAUUCUUCGAGGGGUUGGGACGGCAUGGGAUCUCGCGGAGCACUCUUUCGAUUUUGAGGCUAAUUUCAGUGGGCACACGACUUUGGCACGGUUUAGUAUCGUCGCGACAAUUAUCGUAAUUAACUCGUUUAUGUGUUGUGUGCUAAUCCAAUUACCAAGUUCGCACAGGAUGCCCCCAAUCGUGGCAGGCGAACAUAACGCAAAUUAAUUCAAUCAAUCGGGCACAUGAAGAGUUGAGUUUCAAAUUGGAAAAAAUCAAGACCGCCAUCGCCCAUCAGCUGGAAAAUAGUACAGGUGCUAAGUAAAGAGUUCCACCUUCAGCUGAAAAGUCGCGACGGAUUUCCCAAACAUGCUAAACUACCAGCAGCAAUUGCAUUCGCUGCCCGUCGGCAAUCCGGGAAAUUUUUACUACGCUCCGACGGUUUCCGGCGAGAUAUAUCCAUCCCAUCAGUCGCACAACCUUGAGGCCGAGGACAAACUGGACGAUCGGGAGGAAAGUGGCAGGAGCCUGGACAAAAUGCACAGAUUCUCCGUUGAUAACAUCAUGGAAAUGAAGCACGACGCCUAUUCCAAGGGAAAACUGGCCAUGGAACUCAGCAGCAAUUUCGGCCCCACUGGCGCAGGAUGCGGCGGCGGAGAUCGGGCAGCUCCCUGCUCCGGAAAUCUGGCGGCGGGUCCACCAGUGGGCCACCACUCGAGGAAGCCGCGCCGCAAUCGCACCACCUUCAGCUCCGCCCAACUGACGGCCUUGGAGAAGGUGUUCGAACGCACCCACUAUCCGGAUGCCUUUGUUCGCGAGGAGCUGGCCACCAAGGUGCAUCUCAGCGAGGCCAGAGUUCAGGUCUGGUUUCAGAAUCGGCGUGCCAAAUUCCGGCGCAACGAGCGGAGCGUGGGCUCCAGGCCACUUCUGGAUACGGCGCCUCAGUUGGUGCCGGCGCCGAUUAGCAAUAGUAUGCACAAAUAUGCCAAUAUGCCACACCCACACCCACACGCACACCCACCGCCUCCACCGCCCCCCGGCGCGUAUGCCCUCAACUUUGGGCCACUGGAGCUGCGCUCGUGCCAGAACUACACGAACUGCUACGGGGGAUUCGGCUCGAGUCCUGCCAGCAGCAGCGGCGUCUGCUCCUUCUUCGGAGCCACCAACUACUGUGUGGCCGCCAAUUAUGCGAAGAACGCAUAUCCGCCACUCUGAUGGAGCGGCUAGCUUUAAUGGGCCCCACGAGGUUACUUCAUGCAUAUGUAUUUCAAUUAGCCAAAUUGCAUUAAUGCUUAAAAACGUAUUAGGACCAGCAUAUUCGCCUACCUGACUAAUAUUUAUAUUUAU